AUGUCCUCAAAAGCUUCUGUUAUUCGAGAAGAAUCUCCGCCUCGCAUAGAAGCCAUUGUCGAUUAUAUAUUUGUUACAAAGGAGGAAUUCCAGGAGGCAAUUACGAGAAAUGAAUUUGUGGAAUAUGCCAUAUUUUCGGGGAACUACUAUGGAACAAGCAAAGCUCAAAUGGAAAAGGUAAUCCAAGCAGGAAAAGUGUGCAUAUUCGAGUUGGAUACCCAGGGUGUUGAACAGAUUAGGAAAAUGGAAAUUCACCCUAUUUGUGUGUUUAUUCGGCCCCGAAAUUACGCUAUUUUGGAAAAGAGGCUUCGAACUCACUCUGUUGAAUCCGAGGAACACAUUCUUCAACGGCUUGCAAUUGCCCAUCAUGAAAUGCAGUAUGCUUUGGAUGAAGAAAUUUUUCACAAAGUUGUAACAAAUGAGAAUCUAGACGCUGCCGUUAGGGAGAUAGAAUUUCUCCUCCAACAGCGAAAUAUUAUCAUAUAG